AUGGCUAGACCUCGAGGCAGACCUCCAAAGGUUACGAAUGCGCAACCUGGAACCAACACUAACAAGCCAUUAACACGUGCAAGCUCGAAGAACUCCAUGAACACAACAAUGGUGGGUGAUGACAACAUUUCUGAAAUUUCUGCGGAAUACCCAGAUGAUGAGAUUGCGAUUGAACCAACAAUUUACACUCCACGUUCUAGUUUGGCUGCGCUACAGCAACGAUCACAGGUUCGUUCGGAUUUUAACGCGUGGAUCAAUGGUCUUAGUCAAGGUAAGGAUGUGCGAACCCACUUUCGAUCACACCCUUCCCCUGUUUUGAAUAUGAGUAAUACUAUGAACACUGUGAUUGGUUUGAAUGAUAAUGAGAACAAUAGUAUGCCUGCUCCAUUGAUUAAUCAUGAUGAUGCGGUUACCCCUGUUCAAAUUGAUUUGGAGGACAUUGAAGAAGAGGUGCAAUACUGGAAUUCAGCCCUGGUUUGUUACAUUUUGGGGGCUAAUCCACCACAAAAUGUUAUGGAAGGGUAUGUGCAUCGAGUAUGGGGGAAACUAGGGGUGGACAAGGUCUCAUUGGUGGGGAAGGGGAUUUUCUUGGUCCGUUUUCUUACAAUGGAGAAUUGUCACAAGGUUUUAAAUGGAGGCCCUCAAUUCUUUGAUUCCAAACCCUUGGUUAUCAAAGCUUGGACACCAGAAAUCAAUUAUGCUAAAGAACCUGUUAAAAAGUUACCCCUAUGGAUCAAGUUGCCUGGGUUGAAUGUGAAAUACUGGGGGGAGAAAAGCUUAUUCAAAAUUGCUGGUCAAGUAGGUAGUGCAAUUAAGGUAGAUCAAGCUACAAAAAAUCGUGAUAAGCUGAUGUUUGCUAAAGUGUUGGUGGAAGUUACUUUAGAACAAACCUACCCUAACACAAUAUAUUUUGUGAAUGAAGAAGGGUCCACAGUUGCUCAAACUGUGGAUUAUGAUUGGCUACCUGUCAGUUGUUCUGUUUGCAAGGGUAUUGGUCACACUCAAGUGCAAUGCAAAAACAAAGGAACCAAGAACACCAAGAAAAUGUGGGUUCCUAAGCAGGUGGCACCUGUUGUUCACACUGUUAGGAAGCCUACUAAUGAUCAACCAGUAAAUGAGGUGAUUGUGGAAACCAAUGUCUUGGAGGGGUUCACUCAGGCUGUAGGUUUCAGCAAACACAGGGGGCAACAACUUAAACCUGUGGUUACUAGGAACUCUUUUCACUUGCUCUCUGCAGAGAAGGGUGAAACUGAUGUUGAGAAUGAUACUGACACUGAGUAUGAUGAGUCAGAUGAUGAGAGUGUUGAAUUAGGUCUAAACAGAAUAGAUAAGCAGAAUGAGGUGAGGAAGCUUAUAGCUACCCACCAAGUGAAACUGUUUAGCCUCUUGGAAACUAGGGUGAAGGCUGCUAAGUUGGGUGCUCUGUAUUUAAAUCUUUGCCCCAACUGGUGCUUCACCACGAAUAUCAGCUGUCAUCAAAAUGGUAGGAUUCUGAUUGCAUGGGAUCCUGAUUCUUUUGAAGUGGAUAUCAUACAUAUGAGCAACCAGUUGAUUCAUUGUCAUAUAGUCACUAAAGGGUCUGGUGUGGGUUUCUAUGGCACUUUUGUAUAUGGGUUUCACUUUCCCAAAGAUAGGGAGCCUCUAUGGGACAGCCUUAAGAGUAUUGCAAGCAUGUGCAAUGACCCUUGGGUUGUGAUGGGAGACUUUAAUGCAGUCAUGGAGCUGGAAGACAGAAUUGGAUCAACAGUCAGACUCAAUGAAAUUCAACCCAUGAGUAACUGCAUGAGCUUGUGUAAUUUAUCUGUCAUCAAAACUGUGGGAAGGUGUUAUAAGGCUGGCUGUGUGAAGAGACCAUUUAGAUUCUUCAAUAUGUGGGUCAAUGCUACUAACUUCAUGGAGUUAGUUGAAUCAACUUGGGGCAAAUAUGUCUAUGGUUGCCAUAUGUUUAGAAUUGUUCAGAAACUCAAGUGGUUGAAGCCAGUACUGAAAGCUCUUAAUGGUCAAGGUUUUAACAACCUUGAAACUGAAAAGAUUAGACUCCACCAUGAACUGUUGCAAGCACAGCAGGCUCUCCAUUUGGACCCCUACAAUGUCACCCUAGCUACUGCAGAAAAACAAGUGGCUACUCACUAUGCUAGUGCCCACAAGAACUAUCUUUCUUAUUUACAGCAGACAGCUAAAAUUCACUGGUUGAAAGUAGGGGAUGAAAACACUAGGGCUUUCCAUCAAAGUAUCAAACACAGGAGGAAAAGAAACAAGAUUAACUCUAUCCAAACUGAAAAGGGUGAUUGGAUUAGAGAUGAAAAAGGCAUACACCAUGCUUUCACUCAGUACUAUGGUGAUCUGUUUGGUCAAAGUUCUGAACAAAGAACUCCUGUCAACUCUGUAAUUAUAGACACUGGCCCAAGAUUAACUGAUACUCACAAGGAAAGUCUACAAUGCAGGUUCACUCAUGUUGAUAUCAAGAGGGUUCUUGAUUCCAUUCCAAAUGACAAGGCACCAGGAAUGGAUGGCUAUAGCAGUUUAUUCUUCAAAACUGCUUGGCCUGUGGUGAAAGAUGACAUCACCAGAGCCAUUAAUGACUUCUUCUCUACAGGGAAAAUGCUCAAGGAGAUCAAUGUUACAAGCAUCACUCUGGUUCCAAAAGUGUCUGUUCCUAGUACUGUGGGGGAUUUCAGACCCAUUGCCUGUUGCUCUGUGAUUUAUAAGUGUAUCUCAAAACUUAUGUGUGAAAAGCUUAAUGCUGUGCUUCCUGAUAUUAUCUCACACAAUCAAGGGGCUUUUGUUGCUGGAAGAUCAAUCCUUCACAAUGUUCUUGUCUGUCAAGAUAUUGUGAAAAUCUACAGAAAAAGUCAGAAACAACUGGGAUGCCUCAUGAAACUUGACCUCAGGAAAGCUUAUGAUACAGUAGCAUGGGAUUUUAUCAAAGAGAUGAUGACUGAACUGGGUUUUCCUACUCACUUUAUUGGCUUGAUCAUGACUUGUCUUUCCACAACUCAAUACUCUUUAAUGAUCAAUGGUGCUCCUAGUAAGUUAAUUCAACCCCAGAGAGGCCUUAGACAAGGGGACCCUCUCUCUCCUUUGUUGUUUACUUUGUGCAUGGAGUACUUCUCCAGAGCUAUGAAAGCUGUAGGGAAUCAUCCUGAUUUCCAUUAUCACCCAAGAUGCAGAAGCAUGAGACUCAACCAUUUGUGUUUUGCAGAUGAUUUGCUAAUGUUCUGCAAGGGCACCCCUGCAGUUGUUCAGCUCAUGUUGGAUGGUUUUAAUUGUUUCUCUAGUACCACAGGCUUGCAAGUCAAUCCAAAAAAGUCCUCUAUUUUCUGCUGUGGGAUGAACUCUCAACUCCAAGAUAACAUAGUGAAGCUUUCAGGUUUCAAUGUGGGGUCUAUUCCUUUCACCUAUCUGGGUGUUCCCAUCAGUGCUAAGAAAUUGAGAGGGGCUGAGUGUGAUGUUCUCAUUGACAAAAUGGUGGCAAGAAUUAAGAUCUGGAGCUCCAGGCAUAUCUCUUUUGCUGGUAGAAUGCAGCUUGUCAAUUCUGUUCUAAUGAGUAUCAGUGUUUAUUGGUCUCAAAUCUUCCUUUUUCCAGGGGCUGUUCUAAAGAAAAUUAAUGCAAUAUGCAGAUCCUAUCUGUGGUUUGGGACUUAUGCUGACAACAGACCAGGUGCUGUAGCUUGGGACAAGUUGUGUUGUGCAAAAAGUGAGGGGGGUCUAGGUUUUAGAAAUCUGGUUCUAUGGAACCAAGUAGCUAUUGGCAAACAAGCUUGGGCAAUCUCUAAGAAAGAGGAUAAUCUGUGGGUUAAGUGGGUACAUGCCAUGUAUGUGAAAGAUAGAAAUUGGGUUCAGUACACAGCCCCAAUCACUGCAAGUUGGGCUGUGAAAAUUGUUUCUAAAGUAAAGAACAUGUUCAAUGGGAAACUCCAAUCCCAUGAUUGGCUCACUGUCAGCAAGUAUGCCAUUAAGGGAAUGUAUCAAAACCUGAGUGAGGUUCAAACCAAAACCCACUGGGCUAAACAGGUGUGGAACAGAUACAGUGUUCCCAGACAUAGGUUCACUAUGUGGUUAGCUAGCCAAGACAGAUUGAAGACAAGGGCUAGAUUGGUUAAGGUUGGUAUUGGUAAUGACAGUCAGUGUGCUGUUUGUUGUUGCUCAGAAGAAACAAUUACUCAUCUGUACUUUGGGUGUGCUUAUAGUGCUAGUUGCAAGGCUAUGGUGUUCCAAUGGUUAGGCCUUUCUGACCAUAGGGGUGAUCUCCAUAGAACGCUGAUUUGGCUGAGAAGACAAGGCACAAGCAAGUUCAGAAAACAGGUGAUCUAUGCUGCAUAUGCAGGCCUAAUUUAUCACCUAUGGAGAGCUAGGAAUCAUGCAGUGUGGGAUGCUGUGGUGCCUACUGUGUUGCAAACAGUUAAGCAAGUCAAGAUGGACACCAAAGGUCGAAUUCAACAGCUGAUUGGGAAGAAAGUUAAAGCUUCUGAUGUUGAGUGGUUUAGUGCUUUGUGA